AUGGACCCCUCUACUUCUCGUCCAGCUGUAGUCAUCGAUAAUGGCUCCGGGUAUACGAAGAUGGGGUUUGCUGGUAAUGUUGAACCAUGUUUUAUUGUUCCGACAGUGGUUGCAGUUAAUGAGUCGUUUCUGAAUCAAUCCAGGGGUUCUUCUAAAGGCAAUUGGGUGGCCCAGCACAAUGCUGGGGUUAUGGCAGAUCUUGAUUUCUUCAUUGGGGAUGAGGCACUUUCCAAGUCUCGAUCUAGUAGCACUUACAAUCUCAGCUACCCGAUUCGGCAUGGCCAAGUUGAGAAUUGGGAUGCCAUGGAGCGCUUCUGGCAGCAGUGCAUAUUCAACUAUUUGAGGUGUGAUCCGGAGGAUCACUAUUUCCUCCUGACCGAGAGUCCGUUGACCGCACCUGAGAGUCGCGAGUAUACUGGGGAAAUCAUGUUUGAGACUUUUAACGUGCCUGGACUUUACAUUGGUGUGAAUUCUGUGCUUGCUCUUGCCGCUGGAUACACAACAUCUAAGUGUGAGAUGACAGGAGUUGUUGUGGAUGUUGGAGAUGGGGCAACUCACGUGGUACCUGUUGCAGAUGGCUAUGUUAUUGGUAGCAGCAUCAAAUCGAUUCCUAUUGCUGGAAAGGAUGUUACUCUUUUUGUUCAGCAGCUUAUGCGGGAAAGAGGAGAGAAUGUACCACCAGAAGACUCUUUUGAUGUGGCACGGAAAGUGAAGGAAAUGUAUUGCUACACCUGCUCUGACAUUGUGAAGGAAUUCAAUAAACAUGACAAAGAACCUGGCAAGUACAUUAAGCAUUGGAGAGGCAUUAAACCAAAGACAGGGGCACCAUAUUCAUGUGAUAUUGGCUAUGAACGAUUUCUUGGCCCUGAGAUUUUCUUUAAUCCUGAGAUAUAUGGCAGUGAUUUUACGACCCCUUUGCCAGCUGUAAUAGACAAGUGCAUUCAGUCUGCGCCAAUUGACACGAGGAGAUCAUUAUAUAAGAAUAUAGUGUUGUCUGGAGGUUCAACCAUGUUCAAGGAUUUUCACAGGAGAUUGCAACGUGAUAUUAAAAAAAUAGUGGAUGCUCGUGUCCUUUCAUCUGAAGCACGCUUAAAUGGGGAGAUAAAAUCACAACCAGUGGAGGUAAAUGUACUUAGCCAUCCAAUCCAAAGAUUUGCGGUUUGGUUUGGAGGAUCAGUACUUGCAUCAACACCUGAAUUUUUUACGCUGAUCGUCGUUGCCUCUUUGUCUGGCAAUAUCCUGAGUUUUGUAUGCUUUGCCAAGAUAAACGAGUUUGAUUGCACCUUAUGGCUUGUCAUACGAAGGCAGAAUAUGAGGAGUAUGGAGCAAGCAUUUGCCGCACCAAUCCCGUUUUCAAGGGGAUGUAUUAAAGCAACAACGAAUGAGUUGAUCAUGGAUGCAAUUACUUUGAAUGAAUAUCCUGUUAUUUUUUUCCCCUCAAUUUCACUUCCUCUUCUUUCUUCCCACCUGUAUUCGUGGUGGCAGGAGUGA